GUUUAGGUUAUAGGUAUUAUCCAGUUCUAGCUUAUCAUAUAGUUGAAAAAAAAUGCGAAUAUGAAACUAAAGAUGAAAAAUGUGUUACUAUUCAAGAGAGUAAUUAUAAUAGUAGCUCACAACAGAUGAAACAUGCUAUAUUAAUUGCCAUAAUUGAAAAGAUUUCAACAAUACUAGAAAAAUAUAAUAUCAAAUUAAAUAUUGGUGUUAAUAGAGACCUUUUUACAAAUAAAACUUUAGCUUUGUUAAAUGUAGUUAUCUAA